AAAUAAAAAGCCCAGAAAGAGCCCAAAAGACUCAGAGACAAAAAAGAAACUUGUACGAUUCAUCAAUCAUCAUCAUCCUCCGAUCGCUCUCUGAUCUUCCAAAUCUCCGGUGAUUUAAGACGAUGUACGUUAGAGCACUUCCGACGACGGAUGUGAAUCGGAACACGGAGUGGUUCACGUAUCCUGGUGUUUGGACUACUUAUAUCCUAAUCCUCUUCUUCUCUUGGCUCCUCGUUCUCUCCGUCUUCCAUUGUUCUCCUGGCAUCGCUUGGACCAUCGUUCAUCUCGCUCAUUUCACCGUCACGUAUCAUUCGUUCCAUUGGAAGAAGGGAACACCGUUUGGGGAUGAUCAAGGAAUCUAUAAUAGGUUGACUUGGUGGGAACAGAUUGAUAAUGGCAAGCAGCUUACACGUAAUCGCAAGUUUCUCACCGUUGUUCCUGUUGUCUUGUACUUGAUAGCUUCCCACACAACAGACUAUCAGCACCCGAUGCUCUUUCUCAACACAUUGGCUGUAUUUGUCAUGGUGGUUGCGAAAUUCCCGCACAUGCACAAGGUCCGCAUAUUUGGAAUCAAUGGAGACCAGUGAAAACCUUGAGAGAAAAACAAAGAAAAAGGUAUGUGUACUAUGCGAAUCAGAGUAGUUGGAAUGUGGAAUCCAAUCACAAAUGCCAUCGUCGUUCAACAUGUCUGUACCUACCAUACAGACAUUGAAUCCCAACAGGAGAGAAAAAAAUGUGUUAUUUGGUCCCCAUUCCGUCGCAUAUUCAAAACCUUUUCUACUCUUUUGUUUUGGGGCUUAUAAUCAAUUCAUAUUUGAUCUCGUUUUGUGGUCUCUUAGUAUCUUAAUUUGUGUAAUCCCAAAACUGGUUACAACAAAAGUUGUUUAGUGAGCAAUCAUCUAGGGUUUGAAUGAAUAGUUGGGGGAAGAGAGAAUUUAUUAUAUACGCUGUCUUCUGAUAUAUAUAGAUUCUUUAUUAUUAAGAUGUGAAAUCAA